AUGGCGGCAUAUACAUCACCGGCAGUUGUUAUAGAUAAUGGAUCUUAUACAACCAAAGCAGGAUUUGCUCUGGAAGAUUUACCUUCUUUAGUAUUUAAUUCUAAUUAUAUGAUUAAUCCAGAAACUCAAGCAGUUAUCAUUGGUGAUGAAGAAUUAGAAGCUAACUGUCAGAAUGAAGUAAUGACAUUACUUGAUAAUAAUAGUUUAAUUUAUAACUUUGAUAAUAUUGUUCAUAAUUGGCAAUAUGUUUAUGAUAAUAUUGAUAAUCAUAAUCCUAUUGAUCCUAAAGAAUAUCCUUUGGUAUUAACUGAACAAUCUUGGAAUACUUCUAAAAAUAAAAUAACAACUUGUCAAAUUGCAUUUGAGAAUUUAGAAGUUCCAAUCUUUUCAUUGGUUAAAACUCCUAUUGCUCAAUUAUAUCGUGCUGGUAAAUCUACUGGACUUGUUAUUGAUAUAGGAUCAAGUGUUACUAGUGUUACUCCAAUAUUAGAUGGAAUUAUACAACAAAAAUCAACUUAUCAUUCUAAAUAUGCUGGUGAUUUUUUGAAUUUACAUGUAUUGAAUUAUUUACAAAAUAAGGCACCAAUUGAUCAUUUAAUCCCCUCGAAGUUCCAUAAUCGAGCAUCUGAAUCAUUUAAGAAUUAUUAUACAAGUCAUAAUAUUUUACAAGAAUAUAAGAAUUUAACAAUAAGUUAUCAAACUAAACAUUAUAAAUUAUAUAAUCUGGAUGAAUAUCUUGAUAUUACUGAUCAACGGAAUUGUUUAGAAAAUUUAUUUGAUCCAACAUUAAAUAAAUUAUCAAAUAUAACAAUUCCAGAACCAACUUUAGAUAAACCAAGUUCACAUGGUUUAACUAACUUAGUAUUUUUAGCUUUAAAAAAUUUAGAAGCAAGUUUAUUACCAACUACAAAUGAUUCAACGGCUCAAAAUAAAUUUGCAAGAUUUAUUGAAAUUUUUAAAGAAUUAUUAUCAAAUGUUUUAAUUACUGGUGGUACUUCAUCUGCUAAUGGAUUACCUGAUCAUAUAAUUAAUGAUUUAAGAGCUUUAACUCAAAAAUAUUUCCCCAAUUAUCCCUUCUCAUAUGCUGUUCAACAAAUUAGACCUAAUAAUACUGAAAAUGCGGAAAUUUGGGAUCGUCAAUUUGGUGCUUGGUUAGGGGCUUGUAAUUUAGCCAGUAUGCUUAAUGAUAAUAAUGAAGAUUCAAAUAGUGCAAAGAUUGCUUUAGAUAACUGGUUUAUUACCAAAGCCGAUUAUGAAGAAUUAGGUGAAGAUUUAAUUGUAGAAAAAUUCAAAUAG